AUGGACAUCAAUAACUUGCUUAAUCAACAUCGACCUGGUGGUGGUGCUGCUGUCAAAACAAAUAACACUAUAAUAACAACCACUUCGACCACGAAUGGCUUGCACGAAUGCCAAUGGAAAACUUGUACCAAGAUAUUCUCAAGGCGAUCUGAUCUAGCGAGACAUCAACGUAUCCAUACGGGUGAACGACCUUAUCACUGCGAAUGGCCUGGAUGUGGUAAACAAUUUAUUCAGCGAUCUGCUUUGACAGUACAUUAUCGCACACACACCGGUGAACGUCCCCAUGUUUGUGAAAAUGAAAGUUGUCGUAAAUCAUUCAGCGAUUCAUCUUCACUUGCACGACAUCGACGCACACACACUGGCAAUCGACCCUAUGUAUGUUCCUGCUCUAAAUCAUUUACUCGCAAAACAACUUUAUUACGGCAUCAACGAAGUCAUCAUGCUGCUACCUCCAAUACCACUACCCUUAGCACUGUAAAUUACCCUGUCACCUCAUCUAAUCCAUCAUCAAGUCAUCACGUAUUCGCAAUCUCCUCUCCAACACCAUCCCACUCUAGCACCAAUGCUUUGCAGCAUGAACCAGCCACACCCGUUUCUCCUGUUUCAAUGUACUCGGCUUCGCCUCCACGAUAUAAUGAACCCAAAGCAGACAUUCGCUUGCCUCCUUUGGUAGCUGCUUUCCAUCAUCCACCAGGACCCUCAACAUCAUCUUAUCGGUCUACAUGUGAGAUUAUCCCUUCCGAUAUACCCUGGUGA